ACUGUCAUCGUAUCCAAAUUGUCAACGUCAACUUAACAAAUUUUGCAAUAAGAUUUUCAAGAAGUAAAUUUGCAAAAAAAUGUAUUUUAUUAACAACUAAGUCCAUUACAUAAAUGCACGCAUUGUGCAUAAUAAACAAAAUUUAAUACACAAAUUCUUGUUUAAAAUAUCAAUUCACCAAAAUGCAAGUGGGAAAACGGACUAGCUCUCGACACGUAUUCGUCGUUCUGACCCUGUGCCUCCUUUGGUACAUAGUUUCGUCUAGUAACAAUGUUAUUGGCAAAAUGGUGUUAAAUGAAUUCCCUUAUCCAGUUAGUGUGACAAUGAUCCAACUAUGCAGCAUAACAUUGUAUAGUGGACCAUUCUUUAAUCUCUGGGGAAUACGUAAAUACUCAAGCAUUGCUUGGCCAUAUUAUUUAAAAUUAAUUGUUCCGUUGGCACUUGGGAAGUUCUUGGCUUCAGUAACAUCUCAUAUAUCAAUUUGGAAAGUACCUGUUUCCUAUGCACAUACAGUAAAGGCUACGAUGCCAUUAUUCACAGUGAUCCUCACGAGAGUUAUAUUUAAAGAGAAGCAAAGUAAUUUGGUGUACCUAAGUCUAGUUCCAAUUAUCACAGGUGUUGGCAUAGCCACAAUGACGGAAAUAUCUUUUGAUAUGCUGGGGCUUAUUUGCGCUCUUAUAUCCACGAUGGGAUUUUCUCUACAAAACAUAUUUUCAAAAAAGGUGCUUAAAGACACAGGAAUUCACCAUUUGCGAUUGCUGCAUCUUCUUGGUAAACUAUCAUUAGUUAUGUUUAUACCUGUUUGGAUAUUUUUUGAUGGAUUCAGUGUAUUGAGGCAUCCAGUGAUAGCAAAUGGAGACUAUAGAGUCAUAGCAUUGUUAUUUACCGAUGGAGUAUUAAAUUGGCUACAGAACAUUAUAGCAUUUAGUGUGCUCUCUCUAGUCACGCCGCUAACUUAUGCUGUGGCUAGUGCAUCAAAGCGUAUUUUUGUGAUAGGUGUGUCUCUAAUAAUACUUGGUAAUCCAGUGACAUGGUUAAAUUGCCUUGGAAUGACCCUUGCGAUCAUUGGUGUUCUUCUUUAUAAUCGAGCCAAACACAUUUCAAAGGCAACAAACAACGUGCUGCCACUAACAAAUAAUCACUACAUAAAAUACGCCCCAAUGCAGGGAAGUGUUGAUCCAUACUACCGCGGAGGUUUAUCCAAAAACGGUAGCGCUGUAGGUGACUACGAAAACAAAUACUACACAAAAACUAAUAGCUUAUUAGCUUCUGGAAGUACGAUGAAUGACAGUAGUAGUAAACUGCUUUUUGUUUAGUUUUAUAGAAAAAUUGAUUUUCUUUUUAAAUUAUUUAUUUAGUUAAAUAAUAUUCCUUUUCUUUGCCGUAGAUAGUUUGACUAUUUUGUUAUUAAAUUGUACAAUUAUUAAGACAUGUUUGUACAUAGUAAAUUAAAUCUAUUGACGAAUUGCCGCAAUUCUUAUGUUGUUUAGUUUUAAAAAUUAUUAUGUCACAAAAUAAAAUACAUAUAAAUCGUUCGAAUAUUUUCUAUACAAAUGUAUUUAUAUAAAAUCGAUCAAUAAAUUAUUAUAAAAAUGUAUUCUUUUUGUAAAUAAAUAAUUAAUUUAA